AUGUCUCCCACCAUCGUCAGAAAUGCGCGUAUCUUCACGAGCGCAGACGACGCAGACGACCUUGUCGCCGGGUGUUUGGUUUUUCAGGAUGAUGGCUUGAUCCAAUAUGUGGGCCCAGAGGAGGGUUUGGAGAGCCACCGUCAGGCCAUCAUGCCUGCUUCUGGUAGUGGUGUCACAGAGAUUGACGUCGACAACCGCAUCGUGACCCCCGGCUUCAUCGACGGCCACGUCCACAUGUUGCAUUUCGGGCUGUCGCUCGGCAAGCUCGAUGCCUCGACCGCCGGACAGGCUCUGGCGAGCAUGCUGGACGAACUUGAUCCGCGGCCGAUCUACGUCGAAGCCUUGGAUCUGCAUUCGAUAUGGUGCAGCACCGCGGCAUUGGAUGAGCUGGGUGUUGCGUCCAUGGAAGAUCCGCCGGGAGGGACCAUCCAUCGGGACGGCAACGGGAGGCCAUCGGGUCUCCUGGACGAAGGGUCUCUUCCUUUGAUUGUGUGGCCGUACCUAACAAAAACCCUGACGGUGGAGCAGAAGCAAACUGCACUCCACCACGCAGUAUCUGCUUACACGCAGGCGGGAUACACCGGUGCCAUCGACAUGGCCAUGGACGAAGACGACGAGUCUGACCAGGAGAUCCAGACCACGCUUGACAAGGCCAUUGAGAUGCAUCACACCUUCCAUCCCUGUACGGCGGCCCUGAGCCAACCAUACGGCACAAAGCCAGAUCCCAUUGAACCCAUCUGGCCUGCGGAGAAGAUGGCAAAAAUCAUCCACCAGGCCGACGCCGCGGGCCUUCAGUGCGCCGUACACGCCAUUGGAGAUAAGGCCAUCACUCAGACAAUCGACGCCUUUGCAAGCCUAUCAAUGCCCUUCUCGCGCCGUCACCGCAUCGAGCACCUGGAACUUGCCUCCGAAAGCGACGUAAAAAGGCUGGGAAAGCUGGGGAUCGUGGCCUCCGUGCAGCCCGUCCACUCGUACCCAGCCCUUUUCAAGGCCUGGCCCUCACUGCUGGGCGCGCACCGCUGUCAACGCGCGUUUCCAUACGCAGAAUUCCUCGAAAGCGGCGCCCCGUUGGCGUUCAGGACUGAUGCCCCUACCGCAGCCCACCUUCCGCUCCCAAACCUAUACAACGCGACAACGAGGCGCUCUGCCAUUGAGCCCGAGUCGUCUGAGCGGACGAAUCCACAGUUCGCAGUGUCUCUGGCGGCGGCCGCGAAGGCGGCAACGGCUGGGACGGCGUAUUCACGCCACGCGGAGCGCUGGACGGGCAGUCUAAAGAAAGGCGCGAGCGCAGACUUUGUGGUCCUCGACACGGACUGGACGUCUGCUGGCUUGUUGAAGGCGAGAGUGAAGCAGACCUGGUUUCAGGGACGACAGGUGUUUGACGGAAAAGAUUGA